GCCACAUAAAACUGAGGAAGAACAUAAGCAUCUUAAUUCGAAUCCACAAAGUUUUGUAUAAUGAGAAGAAAUACAUAAUUUUAAUCCAAGCCAAGUGUUUUCCAAGCAGAUUGUAUUUGCUUAAAUUGCUACAGUAAUUCAAGGGACAGCCCUGUCUGGACACAGCGGUACUGUGGAUUUUUAAGAGACUCAGUUAAAGAAUUUAGGAAUUUCUGAUUCAUUUAGAAGAUUUGCAAAUUCAUCAACCCCUGAAAACUAAAGCACAUUCAACAGGACAAGAAAAAAAGAACAUGGGCUUUUUAAGUCCAAUAUGUGCCAUUUUCUUCUUUUUUGGAGUCAAAGUAUAUUGCCAAUAUGAAUUCUAUCAAUGGGAUGAAGAUUAUGACCAAGACUCAGAUGAUGAUUAUCAAACAGAAUUCCAGUUUCGUCAAAGUGUAGAAUAUGGAGUUCCUUUUCACCAGUAUACUUUAGGCUGUGCCAGUGAAUGCUUCUGUCCAACUAACUUUCCAACAUCCAUGUACUGUGACAAUCGCAAACUCAAGACUAUCCCAAAUAUUCCGAUGCAUAUUCAGCAACUCUACCUUCAGUUCAAUGAAAUUGAGGCUGUGACCACAAAUUCAUUCAUCAAUGCAACUUAUCUUAAAGAAAUUAACCUCAGCCACAACAAAAUUAAAUCUCAAAAGAUUGAUUAUGGUGUUUUUGCUAAGUUUUCAAAUCUACUACAACUUCAUCUAGAGCAUAACGAUUUAGAAGAAUUUCCAUUUCCUCUUCCUAAAUCUCUGGAAAGACUCCUUCUUGGUUACAAUAAAAUCUCCACACUGCAGACAAAUGCUAUGGAUGGGCUAGUAAAUUUGACUAUGCUUGACCUGUGUUAUAAUCAUCUUCAUGAUUCUGUGUUAAAAGACAAAAUCUUUGCCAAAACGGAAAAAUUAAUGCAGCUCAACCUAUGUAAUAACAGAUUAGAAUCAAUGCCUCCUGGUUUACCUUCUUCACUUAUGUAUCUGUCUUUAGAAAAUAAUUCAAUUUCUUCUAUACCAGAAAAAUACUUUGACAAACUUCCAAAACUUCAUGCUCUAAGAAUGUCAUACAACAAACUGCAAGACAUCCCAUAUAAUAGUUUUAAUCUUUCCAACCUUAUAGAGCUCAAUGUUGGACACAACAAAUUGAAACAAGAAUUCUACAUUCCAAGAAAUUUGGAACACCUAUACCUAGAAAAUAAUGAAAUAGAAAAGAUCAAUGUUACAAUGAUGUGCCCAUCUAUUGACCCGCUACAUCUUCACCAUUUAACAUACCUUCGUGUGGACCAAAAUAAGCUAAAAGAACCAAUAAGCUCAUACAUUUUCUUCUGCUUCCCUCAUUUACGUAGUAUUUAUUAUGGUGAACAAAGAAGCACUCAUGGUCAAACAAUACAACUGAAAACACAAGUUUUCAGAAGAUUUCAAGAUGAUGAUGAUGAUGACGACAAUGAUGAUCAUGAUGAUCCUGAAGGAGCUCACGAGGGCCAAGAACAAGAAGGAGCAGAAGGGCCCUUUGACCCUCAUUAUUAUGAAAUUCAAGAAUGGCAAGAAACUAUAUAGGUUUUACUUUACAAAACUUUACUACUCAAUAUGGUAAAUCUAACUGAACAUAUAUUGCUCAAAGUAAUCUAAUUAGAAUGAUAUAUAAGAUCAGAAUUGAACUUAAGUAGUUGGUGACAUCUUCAUCACUACACAGUAUUAGAACUUACUCGAAACAUAUCAGUCUUUAGAAAUAUAAUUAGAAUGACUAGUGGGAAUCAUGAACUAAACUAAUUCAUAGUUUUUAAUGCUCUUUUUAAACACAGAAAUGCCAUCAUGUU